GGCGUCCCCCUGGAUGUGCCGCUUCUUGUUCGGACCGAGUCGCCGCUGGGAACCGGAUCAGCAUAGAGCCGCGGGACCCGCCCGCGUCGCCCUGGACCGCUCGGAGACUGGCUCCUGCUUUGAGACCUGGGUCUACCUGUCUCCAAGGACCAGAUGUGCCGCUGAGCCUGGCCAGGCCCUGCUGUGUCAUGUUCAACCCCAUGAAUCCCCCAGUCAGCAGCUAUGUUGAGCACUGCUACCUACGUCCCCUCCAUGGACCAGCAUCUGGCACCCCAGGACCACAAGGACUUGACUUCUCCUUGCGCCAUCAAUCAAACAUUAUGGGCAGUCACCAUGGGUAUGGGCUGGUGCCAGGCACUGAGCACCUAGGCCCUGGUGAUGGCUCGCGGUUCUCAACACCCCGUGGUGCAGGCAAGCUGGGCAAGAAGCGGGCACUGUCCAUCUCACCCCUGUCAGAUUCUAGCAUUGACCUGCAAACGGUGAUCCGCACCUCGCCCAACUCCCUCGUUGCUUUCAUCAACUCCCGCUGCGCUUCCGCCAGCGGCUCCUACGGCCAUCUCUCCAUCAGCACCAUCAGUCCGUCAUUGGGGUAUCAGAGUCCUCCGGGUCAGCAGAAGGGCCAAGGGCACCUGUUUGGCCACACUCCCCCGCUGCCCCCAUGUAGCUCCCAUGAACAUCUGCCCAGCCGCCCAGGGCUGCUGCCUCCUGCUUCAGCUCGCAGCAGCCUGAAGCACUGCCAGCAGCUGAAGUUGGAGCGGAGUUUGAGCAGCCCUUUGACAGCCAAAUACCCCGAGGAGAGAUCCGAGGGUGAUGUGUCCAGUCCAGCCUCCACAGGCACCCAGGACCCCUUGUUGGGGAUGCUCGAUGUUCGGGAGGAUCUGGAGAAGGAGGAUGGGAAAACUGAGGCUGAGACUGUCUACGAAACCAAUUGCUACUGGGAUGGUUGUGCCAAAGAAUUUGACACUCAGGAGCAGCUGGUGCAUCAUAUCAACAAUGAGCAUAUCCAUGGGGAGAAGAAGGAGUUCGUGUGCCACUGGGCAGCCUGUUCCCGGGAGCAGAGGCCCUUCAAGGCUCAGUACAUGUUGGUGGUGCACAUGCGGCGGCACACGGGCGAGAAACCUCACAAGUGCACGUUUGAGGGCUGUAACAAAGCCUACUCGCGCCUGGAGAACCUCAAGACACAUCUGCGCUCCCACACGGGUGAGAAACCCUACGUGUGUGAACACGAGGGUUGUAACAAGGCCUUCUCCAACGCUUCUGACCGAGCCAAGCACCAAAACCGCACCCACUCCAAUGAGAAGCCUUAUGUGUGCAAGAUCCCAGGCUGCACUAAGCGCUACACAGAUCCCAGCUCCCUGCGCAAACACGUGAAAACUGUGCACGGUCCAGACGCCCACGUCACCAAGAAGCACCGAGGCGACGUGGUGCCAGGCCGCUCACUGCCUGCUCCCAGCAUCGCUCCUGAUCUGAAGCAGGAAAAGGACCCCAACGGCCCUAGCGAUGCCCGGAAGGAUGACAGCAAACUCUUGGUGCCGGACUUGGCCUUGAAGCCGCAGCCCAGCCCAGGUGGGCAGUCAUCCUGCAGCAGCGACCACUCUCCUCUCGGCAGCACCACCAACAAUGACAGUGGUGUGGAGAUGACCGGCAACGCAGGUGGCAGCUAUGAGGACCUGUCCACGCUGGAGGAGGUGGUGCCUGGGGAAGCCAUGGGCACCUCAGGACUCAUGGCCCUCCACAAACUGGAAAAUCUUCGCAUUGACAAAUUGAAGCAGAUGAGAAAGCCAUCAGCUGCCAAGGAGAGCCUGAAGUUGCCCACCAUUCCUGGAGCCGGCCUGCCCGGAGAGAUGCCUGGGCUCUCUGUGCCCGCGCCGGUCGCCUCGCACCGCCGCAUCGCGGAGCUGGGCAUGCCGCCGGGCGAGCGCCGGAGCAGUGCCACCAGCACCGUAAGCUCAGCCUACACGGUUAGCCGCCGCUCUUCCCUGGUGUCCCCGUACCUGCCUGGGCCAUGCCUGGGCGUCGAGGCCGGGGCGCUGCCGAGCGGGGCCGGCCUGGCGGACGGCUCUGAUCCCAUCUCUCCGGACGCCUCGCGACGCUCCAGCGAUGCCAGCCACUGCGGGGGACUGCCCGGCGUGGGCAGCCUCACGCCUGCCCAGCGCUACCGGCUCAAAGCCAAAUACGCCAUGGCCACAGGUGGCCCCCCGCCCACCCCGCUGCCCAGCGUGGAGCGGGGGGGCCUGGGGGGCCGCGGCAGCUUGCCUGGGGACUGCGUGGGGGCAGCCGUGCCCUCCGCCCUGGCAAACGGCUCCGUGCGAAGGCACAGCUCCAACGAGUACCCUGGCUAUGCAGGCGGCGUCCGUCUUCACCUGGUGCCGGGGAAUGGGGUGCGACGGGCCAGCGACCCUGCCCGGACAGUGGCCAACCCGCACGCUGUGCCCAAAGUGAACCGUUUUAAGAGCGUGGGCAAUGUGAAUGCGCCAGGAGUGGGCAGAGUUGCCCUGCAGCCCCUGGGCGGUUCCGAUGCCAACCUCCAGCGCCACGUCUUCUCCCCGCGCCCACCCAGCAUCAGUGAAAAUGUUUUCUUGGAAAGCAUCAACAUGGAGAGCCCUGGCCCGGGCACAGAGCCUGCCUUGCUGGAGAUGGGGCAGUACUUGAACUACCCUGCCGACCGCUUCCAGUGCCAGGGCACGGGCAUGGAGCUCCGGGGGGAAGGCCCGUACCAUGGUGCUCCCCGGACCACGGCGGGCAUGCAGCUGCACCCCGGUGAGCCUGGGGAUAUGGAAGAGGCCUUGCUUCAGUCUGAGUUCUCCCUGCCUCAGUGCCAGGUGAAUUCGCAUUUCAUGAGUAUGUGCGCUGGCACCGAGACCGUGCCAGCUCUUUGGGAUGAACCUUCCCAGGGCAACCUGGAUUUGAAUUCAGGGCAGCCAAGUGUCACUGUGCCCACCACUCCCAUGUCUGGGGGCCACUGUCACCAUCACAGUCCUCAGUACCCACUACCUGGUGCUUGUGGACAGCAACCCAAACUUAUGAACACGUGCCAGGACAGUGGAUUUUCUGGUGGGCACCAGCUAAACCGACUGCAGAUCAAAUCUGAGCAGCAUUACCCAGCGCCUGCCCCGGUGCUCACAUCCUGCCAGAAUGCCACCCCUCCCCGACCCAUGCAGCCUCCCGCAUCCUUUGGCCAAGGCAUGAACGCGAGGCCUGCUGGUUUCCAGCCCGAGGAGCGGGCAGGCGUCAGCUACACGGGCAUGUUGAGCCCGGGCGGGCGACGAGCCCAGACGCCCACUCUGCAGGCCAAAGAAGUGAUGGUCCGUAGCUACGUGCAGGCCCAGCAGGCUCUGAUGUGGGGAGACGAGCUCGCCUGCAAGGGAGGGGAGGUGGGCAUGGCACUGGGCAGCGAACGUGGGCAGUGCCAAGCCAUGCAGGCGCCGCUGUACCUCAGCCCCAAGUACGCGGGUUAUCAAGAGAAGCCAGAUCACCUGCAGGGUCUGGCAGAAAACCAACACCUCCUCAGCCCCCCUUGCUUUAGCCCAGAGAUGGUGCCGCAUCCUCCCGAUGGCCCCAAGCCGCUUGGGCAUCCAAACAGCCUGGGCUAUGCGGGCAACCUUGCAGAGCCGAGCCACUCCUAUGAGGGGGUGGAAGCUCCAGGCGCCAGCUCGCGGUGCCUGCUUCACUUGCCUCCUGUUCACCCCACGCCCCAGGGACCCACCAACCCUCUCAUGUAUUACCCAGGCCAGGGUACACACACGGAAGCGCAUAAAGAUGGGCAUAAGGUGCUGAGCCACGUGGCAGCGAGCUGUGGGGGUCCUGCUCAUUACGGGGCGAGCUUGGAAGGCCUGAAGGGCAGCUCCUAUCCCUACCUGGAUUCGGGGGAGCAGGUGGCCAACAGCUUGGACUCGCUGGACCUGGAGAACACGCACCUUGAUUUUGCGGCCAUCGUGGAGGAUUCGGAGGCGCCUGCGCUGCUGCCGGGACCGCCAAGCCCUGCUGGUGGCCUCCUGCUUCCCGCAUCCAGCAGUGCCAACAUGGCCGUGGGUGACAUGAGCUCCAUGCUGAGCACCCUGGCAGGGGAGAGCCAUUUCCUCAACUCCCUGUCCUAGCUGGGUGCACCAGCGAGCAGGUGGGUACGUCUGCUGCAGCCUGA